UAAGCUUAAAAAAGGUUUUUUCUUUUUGUUUUUUUUUUUUUUCAAAUUAUUUUUUAAUACUUUUAAAUAUUUUUAAAAAAAUAAAAAAUUUAUAUUAAUAUUAAAAAAAAUUUUCUUAAUCAUUAAAAAAAAUAAAAAAUAAAAAAAUAAAAAUUGGCCAUUGGUGGCCCCCAGCGGGAGCCACCAGCGGUGGCCUUAGUAUUAUUCUUGUUGUCAUUGUUAAAGUAGAAAUAUUUUUUGCAGUCGGCAGAUACAGUCAGUUGUAAAAAAAUGAAUUAAUAUGGGACUUAUAUGAAAAAAAAAUUAUUUUUAUAACUUUUUUUUAUUCACAUAAGUCCUUCUGAAUAUAAAAAAAAAAUUAUAAUUUUUUUUAUUCAUUCUGUAUAGUCGACUGUACGUCGAUUACAUUUACCAACUGUACGUAGCAAAGCUCUUGUUAAAGAUCAUUGAGACGUCACAAAAAGGUGUAAAAAGUUAUUUUUUUUACAAAAAGUAUUUGUGGUAAUAAGUGGCGUGUGCAGUCAUGCUCAUGGCAGCUGAUUUUCUCCAAAAUUUAGGUGGGAGUGGUAGAUGGCAUCGCUGUAGCAAGUAGCGAGCACUUGUGGGUGUAUGUAUUAUGAUCAUCAAAUUCAAGCAAAUCUAAAAAAAAAAAAAAAAAAAGGAACAGUUAGUAAUGUUUCAUGACUCUGAUAAGACGUAAAUCUUAAAAAAAAAGAGGAGAAAACUUCCGCAAAAGAUGGAUAAAUCAAAAGAUAUAUAACUGAACAGAAACGCUUUGGGCCGGUGCCUCCUGUAACAAGCUAUUAUCGGAGAUGAAUAAGAAGUUGACAUGUAAGGGUUAUAUAAGAAACCGUAUUCGAUGCAUAGCACAGGGGAUCAACUCUGCUAUCUCAUCCAUCGAAAAAGAAAAAAAGAAAAAGAACUCUGCUGUCUCUCUCUCUUCCCGCUCGAACUCAGUACUCUCCAAACUCAAUCUCUCCUUCCUCCCCAACCCAUCUCAGACGCAAGGCAACUACCCAUCGAAUGCUCAGCCCCCAAGCGACGUAACCACCAAAAUCAUAGCCCGACGUUAUUCUCCGCUACCUCCUUCACGUUCAAGCCGCUCAACACUCCAUUAUCAAGCAGCAGCUCUUGUUGGUUACGACCACAACGAAUGGUAGCAGCUGAGUUUUUCUGUCCGUAGCCCAGCCAUACACCUUGUCUUUCAGCUUCACAUAAACUCCCUUGGCAGUCGCCCUGCCUCACACGGAAACCAUCAAGCAUGAACCACCCGUUCGCUGCAAAACAGCGAGCAGAUCACCAUUACCCAGCCACCACUUGCGGGAGGUUUUACACCUCUGUUUUAAUGAUAAGAAACAGAGCAGCUUGUUCUCCUAGUUUCGGAUCAUGUAGCCGCCACCAGCAACUGCAGUGAGAUUCAACGAUGCCGUCUAGCCACCGCGUCUACCUUGCUUCUUCCUGCAGCAAAUGUGGAGUCAGACUCCUUUUCGUGCUUUGGGCUUUUAUUGUUUGCAGAUAUUGGUAGUCAUGUACUUCUAUAAAUUUCUUGGGCAGGUAGUGACGACGUGGAGGAAUCUGGCACCGUGGGUGGCUGAGUUGUGGCUCAACGUGGAGGGAUGUGGAUAGAGAAAGGAUCUAAAUGAUGGACGGGGAAUGAAAUAAUGAAGAGAAAAUCAAAAAACAAAAGAGAUUCAAAUUGCCGAGACGGGAGAUGGCGGAGAUUUUGGUGGAAUGAUUUUUGGAAUGUGCAAAAAGGGAAAAUGAAAACCGUCGGUAAGAUAAAAUGCAUAAGGGAAGAAGAAGCUCACCUCAAACCACGUCGUCGGGUAUGGCUGCGAAAAUCGGUAAGAAAUAAAAAGAUUGGGAAAGUUUCUCGAGGCUGGGGGAAGCUGGAGGGAAAAGAAAGAGAAGAGAGAAAAGAAAAGAAUCCAAUGAGUGUUUCCUUGCAGCACCGCACAUUAGAUGUGAAUGGUUCUCCUACGUGGCUGUCAUCUAUUGGCUUCCAUUGAAAUAGGAUUAUAGGAGCCAACUGUUAGAAGUUAUUCUCAUAUCUGAAUUUUUCUAUUAAACCCCUUCCAUAACAAGGCAAGCCCACAUACUUCGCAAUGCCAUAACGUUGCUGAGUAGGCCCAUUGCGUCACAACAUUUUCAAAAGAAAAGGUCCGUUUUUGCAAAACUAGACCCCAAAUUCCCAAACACACCCCCCGAAGAAAUAAGACCAAAAAAAACAAAACCAUUCUCCCGGUGCCAAAAAAACCUCCUCCGACCACGAUCCGCGGCAGCCUCGGAUGUCUGCUAAUGUGCGCUGCGUGGUGCGCAACACUCUCAAGGUACAUUCUUCCUUUCGAACCCUUGCUGUUUUCAAUCUUACUCUUCUCCCCAAAACCCAAACCCUUAAACCCUCACAAUCUGCCUCCUUUAACUCUUCAUCUUCGACUUCUAGUUAUCAAAGUUUUGAUUUUUUGGAACAAUUUUUGCCUCGUACCGCUUCAAAUUCGAGUGAUUUUGGUUCCAUUAAUUCAAAUGAGCGGCGAAGAAUAGCUGUAGGGUUAUCCAAGAUCAUCAAAGAGCGACAAGGCUUUGUAUUGAGGGGAUUUUCGCAGAAUUUUUGCCCUUUUUUCUUAGUUAAGAUAAUGAAACUGUUUGGAAACAGAGAAACCGCGUUUGCCUUCUUUAAAUGCGCGUUUCGGGAUUGUUCCGAGGGGAUUGUCCGGUUGUGUUGUGUUGCUGCGCAUAUUUUAGCAGCGGAGGACCUUCGGUUUCUCGCACAAGACAUGGUCUCGUGGAUAAUUAAGAGAAUUGGGGCUGGAAGGAGUGAGGAAUUGGUGGAAUUUAUGUGGAAAGGUCACCAUGAAUAUGAGUCCGAUUACUCAAUUCUAGACACGUUGAUGAGGUGCUUUGUGAAUGUGGAAAUGGAUAAGGAGGCAUUGGGGGUUUUGGAUAGGAUGAGGAAGGGAGGAUUGAGGCCGAGUUUAUCGGCCCUUUCAAUUCUAUUCACGUUGUUGCUUAGAGUUGGUGAUUAUGGUAGCGUGUGGAAGAUGUUUAGGGAUAUGGUUUGUAAAGGGCCUCGCCCUUCUACUUAUACUUUUAACGUUCUGAUUCUGGGCUUUUGCAGAAAAGGUAUGGUUAGAACUGGAGAGAGUUUGUUACAUGUGAUGGGGAAAUUUCGGUGCGAACCCGAUGAUUUUACAUAUAACAUUAUGAUCAAUGCAUACUGCAUAAGGGGAUGGACAUCAGAUGCACUUAGUUGGGUGCAUUUGAUGUCCACAAGGGGUUGUAAGCCGAGUGUUGUAACAUUUAAUAUGGUGAUAAAUACCUUGUGUCAGGAGGGAAAUGUGGUGCAAGCAAGGCAGCUCUUUGAUGGAAUUCAAGAUAUGGGUGUCUCUCUGACUACCACCAUAUAUAACACUUUACUGGAUGGGUAUGUUAAGGCAAGGGACAUGGAUCAGGCAAGCAUGCUUUAUGAAGAAAUGAGGAAGAGGGGCAUAUCUCCUAAUGGGAUAACCUUUAAUAUUUUGGUUGCAGGGCAUCUCAAGUAUGGAAGACAAGAGGAUGGUGACAGGUUGUUAGCGGAUAUAUCUGUUCCGGGAUUGUUCCAGGACUGUUCACUCUAUGAUAUUUCAGUUGCAGGGCUGUGUUGGGCAGGUCGGUUGGACGAGGGCACAGAGUUCUUAGAGGAUAUGCUUGAGAAAGGAAUAACUCCAAGCGUGAUUGCUUUUAACUCAAUUAUAGCAGCUUAUAGCAGAGCUGGGUUGGGAGCAAAGGCCCAUGAGACGUAUGAAACUAUGGUUAGAUACAAUUUAACUCCUUCAUCUUCCACAUGCAGUUCUUUGCUACUGGGUUUGUCCCGGAACGGGAGCCUGCAAGAAGCCAGAGAGCUCUUGUAUAAGAUGAUAGAGAAGGGUUUUCCCAUCAAUAAAGUGGCCUACACAGUGCUUUUGGAUGCAUAUUGCAAGAUAGGAGAUCUGGAAGGAGCUCAAAGUUUGUGGAAUGAGAUGGUAGAAAGAGGGGUAUCUCCUGAUGCUGUUGCCUUUUCAGCUUUUAUAGAUGGACUUUCUAAAGCAGGUCUGGUGGAGAAGGCAUAUGAUGUGUUCUUAGAAAUGUUAAGGAAAGGAUUUGUGCCAAAUAAUUUUGCAUAUAAUUCUUUGAUUGGUGGGUUUGUGAACCAAGGGAGGCUGAAUGAAGCAUUAAAAUUGGAGAGGGAGAUGAGGCAAAAGGGACUUCUUCCAGAUAUAUUUACCUCCAAUAUGAUCAUUAAUGGGCUUUGUAAACAGGGUAGAAUGAAGUCAGCAAUCAAUGCCUUCAUGGACAUGCAGCGGACCGGGUUGUACCCGGAUAUUGUCACGUUCAACACUUUGAUUGGUGGUUUUUGUAAAGCAUUUGAUAUGGUUAAUGCAGAUGAGUUUGUGGAUAAAAUGUAUGCCAGUGGCUGGGACCCAGAUAUCACAACGUAUAAUAUUCGCAUUCAUGGUUUCUGCAGCAGUCGAAAAAUGAAUCGAGCGGUAAUGAUGUUGGAUGAGCUUGUUACAGCAGGUAUUGUUCCAGAUACAGUAACAUACAACACCAUGAUUAAUGGCAUUUGUAGUGAUAUACUGGAUCGUGCCUUGAUUUUAACUGCAAAACUUCUUAAGAUGGCUUUUGUUCCGAAUGUAGUUACAACCAAUGUGUUGUUGUCUCACUUUUGCAAGCAGGGGAUGCCUGAGAGGACCUUAAUGUGGUGUCAGAAGUUGAGUGAGAUCUCAUUUGAUUUUGAUGAAAUUACCUUUAGAAUAAUGGACAGGGCCUACAGUAAUAUACAAGAAGAUGAAGAGCUUUCCAGAGAAACAUCUGCAAAGAACCUCUUUCUGGAUUUCCUCAUGUACAUUACAUAUGAUUAUUUUUAUAGAAACAGACCUCACAGAGAUACAAAUCAGAAUUCUCUUAAACUAAUUAGAAAUGGUUUUGAUGGAGCAUGAAAGUUGACUUAGAUAGCAGUACCCUUGUUGUGACUGGAAUCUUCUGUAAUCAUGAUGAGUGUGGCGCAAGCUACUCUCAAGGUAUGAGGGCAUUUUUUGAAUUGAAUGGUGGUGAUAAGUUGGAAGCAGCAUCAAUUAGGGGAAGUCAUUGGCUUGAGCUGGUUCCCAUCGAGACUGAGUUGGACUUGACUAAAAUUGAUUCGACUACGGGCAGAAAGGAAAUGAAAAGAAUGAUUUAGUAAAGACAAUGAAAAGAGAUGGUUCAUGUCAAGCUGAAAUAAGGGCAAUUUUCUUUUUUAUUGCUGCUAAGGCAAGUAUGCAAUGGUGGUCAUUGGAGCACCCUGGGGCAAAAUUUUUACCACCUUUAAAGUUGUUUGCUCAACUCAAUAUUUUAGCCUUGCAGAGUAUGUCCGUGAAAUGAAUUCAUCUGAUCAAAGAAAAUAUUGAGGAUGCCUCUUGUUCAGCUGAGUUGUGUUGGUGUGGAAGCUUUAGCCGGUGGUUUUUUCCAUUAUGCCUGUCUGUAUAUUUUUUCUGUUUGCAACGAGAAGCAGAAAUCUAUACACAUCUGAAUUUCUUAUGGCCAAAUGGAAAGCAGAGUUCAAUUCAGUCUAGUUUGAAUGAGAGAGCUUAAUUGGCAUGGAUCCAGAAAUGAAUUACGAAGACAUGGCUAGGUCCUCAGAGGCGAAGACCAACAAUGGGCUUGAAUAUGUCUUCGGCAAGUUGACCAACACUUGAGCCUCUUUUUUUUUUUUCUUUUUUUGAAUAUUUGGCUUUAUGAUUUAAAUUGCCCGUGAAAUAAGAAUCUUACACCCUUCAUCUUC